CACAGCACUGGGAAUAUAUGCAGAAAGCUUCGAGAAGCCAUUUCUUGAAUGCACAUCUGAAUUUUAUGCUGCUGAAGGUAUGAAAUACAUGCAGCAAUCAGAUGUUCCAGAUUAUUUGAAGCAUGUGGAGACAAGAUUGCAAGAGGAACACGACAGAUGCCUGAUCUACUUGGAUGCGAGUACUAGGAAGCCGCUGAUAGCCACAGCAGAAAAGCAACUUCUUGAACGUCAUAUACCUGCCAUUCUUGAUAAGGGUUUCUCUGUGCUUAUGGAUGGAAAUCGCAUUGAAGACCUUCAGAGAAUGUACUCACUCUUUUUAAGGGUCAAUGCCCUUGAGUCACUAAGACAAGCCCUAAGUUCAUAUAUAAGGAGAACUGGGCAGGCCAUUGUUAUGGAUGAGGAGAAAGAUAAAGACAUGGUUUCUUCACUUCUGGAGUUUAAGGCUUCUCUUGACAGAAUAUGGGAAGAAAGUUUUUAUAAGAAUGAAGUAUUCUCUAACACCAUUAAAGAUUCAUUUGAGCAUCUUAUCAAUCUACGACAGAACCGACCAGCAGAGUUGAUUGCCAAGUUCUUAGAUGAGAAGCUCCGUGCAGGUAACAAGGGUACUUCUGAAGAGGAAUUGGAGGGAACACUUGAUAAAGUCCUGGUUUUAUUUAGGUUCAUUCAGGGCAAAGAUGUGUUUGAAGCUUUUUAUAAGAAAGAUCUUGCAAAAAGACUGCUUUUGGGAAAAAGUGCGUCUAUUGAUGCAGAGAAGUCUAUGAUAUCCAAGUUGAAGACUGAGUGUGGCAGUCAGUUCACAAACAAAUUGGAAGGAAUGUUCAAGGACAUUGAAUUAUCAAAAGAAAUAAAUGAGUCCUUCAAACAGUCAUCCCAAGCAAGGACAAAACUCCCAUCAGGAAUUGAAAUGAGUGUUCAUGUCCUGACAACUGGUUACUGGCCAACAUAUCCACCCAUGGAUGUUAGACUUCCUCAUGAAUUGAAUGUUUACCAGGAUAUUUUCAAAGAGUUCUAUCUGAGCAAAUACAGUGGAAGGCGUUUGAUGUGGCAAAAUUCAUUAGGUCACUGUGUCUUGAAGGCAGAGUUUCCUAAAGGGAAAAAGGAGUUGGCAGUCUCCCUAUUUCAGACUGUUGUUUUGAUGCUAUUCAAUGAUGCCGAGAAACUGAGCUUUCAAGAUAUCAAGGACUCUACCAGUAUCGAGGACAAAGAACUGAGAAGGACUCUGCAAUCGCUUGCAUGCGGAAAAGUUCGUGUCCUACAGAAGUCGCCGAAGGGUAGAGAUGUGGAGGAUGAUGACUCAUUCUCUUUUAAUGAUGGCUUUACAGCUCCUCUUUACCGUAUAAAGGUGAAUGCCAUUCAGUUGAAGGAGACAGUGGAGGAAAACACAAGCACCACUGAAAGAGUUUUCCAAGACCGUCAGUAUCAGAUUGAUGCUGCCAUUGUGAGGAUAAUGAAGACGAGGAAAGUACUUAGUCACACCCUUCUUAUUACCGAACUCUUCCAACAGCUCAAGUUUCCAAUAAAACCAGCUGAUUUGAAGAAAAGGAUUGAAAGCCUGAUUGACAGAGAGUAUCUGGAGAGGGACAAGAGCAACCCCCAAAUAUACAAUUAUCUGGCAUAGUCUUUCACAUUUUCAAAUGACAUGGGGCAAACUUAAUGUUUGAUCCCUCGUCAUAUGUACAGUAACAGUGGAUUCCCGUUCUUUUUUUCCACCCCCAUUCAUCGACAACUGUACUUUAUUAUUGUAAAGCAUAAUAUCUCGCAUGAUAAUUUUUCCUUUUAUAGAAGAUUCUGGGCGACCCAAAGUUAUUCUCCAAAA